AUGGAUUGGGAAAGGAAUAGGCGUUCGAGCACAGGGGAUCGCCUCCUGGACAUUCCUUGUAGAGUCUGCGGCGACAGGAGUUCAGGGAAACACUACGGAAUAUACAGCUGCGACGGUUGCUCGGGCUUCUUCAAGCGCAGCAUCCACCGCAAUCGGGUGUACACGUGCAAGGCCCAGGGCGAGCUGAAGGGCAAGUGCCCCAUCGACAAGACCCACCGGAACCAGUGUCGGGCCUGCAGGCUAAGGCGGUGCUUUGAGGCCAGCAUGAACAAGGACGCAGUGCAACACGAGCGUGGGCCCAGGAAACCCAAGGUCAAGGAGGCUGGCGGAGAUCCUGCGGGACACGGACUGAAGGUCCCGCACCAGGCGGCCGGCGGUGGCGGCCUGUUGCUGUCGGGGCUGUCCUUCCCGUCGGGAAAGCCGCCGCCUCCACCGGCGCCUCCGCAGCCUCCCAUGUCGGGCCACUUCGACCCUUCGGCAGCCGCCAUGGCCGCUGCACUGUCCUCUUCGCCCGGCGGCGAUGGUGGGCCCCCUUCGUCUCCGAUGUUCCCCAAGGACGGCUUGAUCGGCUCCGCGGGUCUCUUGCAGAUGCUGCUCAACGCGGAACGCUCCCAGGAGCUCAUCUGGAACAGCGUGAGGAUGGGAGGCGGCGGCGGUGGUGGAGGCACCGCCGCGAACAACGCUUUCGGCGGCCCACCUUCCGGGCUGUCGGCCAAGCUCGGCGGCGAAGGCGGUCUGUCUGCCUUCUCACUGCUCUCGUCCACCACGCACCCGUUCGGGUCCCUGGAGGAGGCCGCUCUCCGGCAGCGACUGCAGGGCUCCGGAGUGACGCAGCCAUGCCCCUGGGGCAGCACUGGGGGAGGAGGGUCGGUGCAAGAGGUCACGGCCAGGUUGCUCUUCAUGGUCAUCCGCUGGGUGAAAUGUCUGCCAACGUUCCAGACGCUGUCCAAAAGCGACCAGGUUACACUGCUGGAGGAGUCGUGGAAGGACCUGUUCCUUCUCUACAUGGCCCAGUGGUCGGUGGCAGCCGACAUCGUGUCUUCGUUGCCGGGCCUGAAAGGCGGCGGAGGUCCUUCGCCAACGGCCGCCGCCUCGUUGCGUCUACACCAGUCAGACGGCCUGGAUGGUGCACCGUCGCCGCCGCAGCACGCCGCCGAACUGCACUACAUCCAGGACGUGAUGCGCCGACUGAGGCAGCUCUCGCCGGAUGACACCGAGUGCAGCUGCCUCAAGGCGGUCGUGCUGUUCAAGCCUGAGACUAUCGGCCUGUGCGACGUGCACCCGGUGGAGAUGCUGCAGGAUCAGGCGCAGUGCGUAUUGGGCGACUACAUCCGACACAAGCACCCGCGCCAGCCAACCCGCUUCGGUCGCCUGCUGCUGCUGCUUCCCAUCCUGCGGGCCGUGUCGGCAGCCACAGUCGAGCGGCUCUUCUUCCGGGACACCAUCGGCAACAUUCCCAUCGAACGCAUCCUAGGAGACAUGUACAACAUGGAGAAGGUCGACUGAAGUACAUGUUUCGGGGCAUGCUGCGAAAAAUGUCUCCGCGAGCCCCGCCCGACAGAAGCAGGAACCGGUAUUCUCAGUGGCAAUGUGGCGAACGCUGCUCGGACAGAAUGGAUAUCCCUUGCAUCAGAGUUCCGAACGCAUGUCCGACCAAAUGCAUCGCAGCAGCAGCGCGAAGUUCGUUAUCACGUGCCAACGGAGCGUUCGCUUAUUAGGGCAACAUUUGUUUCUGGUGAGCGCGUGUCAAACAUUACCUCUUCCGGGUGCAGCAUUGGUGUGUUAGCCACACCGAUUGGAUCACUAAAUGCCGACAUCUCAAAUGGUCUCAAGCACACGAGUGAACGAAGUCAGUGAGAGUCCCACAGCAGGCUCGUUGCCUGUGAGAACUCCUUCAGGUAUCCUGAGCGUCAUCAUCAGUGUUUAAAAACACCCAUUUUAGCUUAGCUUAAAGUUUGACCAUCAAUGCAAUUAUUAUCUUUGGAGACGCGAGGUACGGGAGGUUAGAGACUAUGCACCCUCGCGUGGAGGGUAAUUUUGCAAGAAUAUAAAGAGCUCAACUCAGAAAACUAACGACAAAGGUCAGUGCUGCGUGACACUGGAACAACUCUAAUCAGAGUUUCCGUGUUUUAAGUUAAUUUAAACCAGCGAGGAAGCGCACAAGCUGCAUUGGUGACAUCGAUGACCAUAUACUCCGAUUUGAGAAUAUUACUUAGGCCAGCUAAACGAAUGAAGCCGGGGGACGGCGAAGAACGACAAUGAAGUUUUAGUUGCCGUUACGGAAUCAACACGAACAUCAUUCCUGGCGAAUUUCAGCAUAGCGUGCCACGAGCUUUACAAAUGACUCAUAUACAAUUCCCAUUCGACGUGGGUUUUCGUGACGUGAAGCACACACAAGGACAACCAAAGCAUCCGCUGCCACCGGCCAUGAGCAGUGGCACUGGAAAUAUUCAGAGCUGGGUCGCUGACGCG